GAACUUCCUCCUCGGGGGCCUCCAGAAAACCACAGGUCGCUGGGCCCAGGCUACCCGCAGCAGGCAGGAUGGCGGAGGGCAAGGCGGGUGGCGCCGCCGGCCUCUUCGCCAAGCAGGUGCAGAAGAAAUUCAGCAGGGCCCAGGAGAAGCCUCAUCCAGCCUAUCAUCAACAACAGGCCCUUGGUUUGAGAUUUCUCUCCUUUUCUAAGCAUGGAGUCCAAAGCCUUAGAUAAAGAAUGUCUUUGCUCAGGGCUUCAGAUUCUGCAUCUGUAAAAUGAGAGAGGUUCUGCAGAAGUUGGGGAAGACUGUGGAAACCAAAGAUGAACGGUUUGAACAAAGUGCCAACAACUUCUACCAGCAGCAGGCAGAAGGCCAGAAGCUGUACAAGGACCUGAAGAACUUCCUCAGCGCUGUCAAAGUCAUGCAUGAAAGCUCGAAGAGAGUGUCAGAAACCCUGCAGGAGAUCUACAGCAGUGAGUGGGACGGUCACGAAGAGCUGAAGGCCAUCGUCGGGAACAAUGAUCUCCUUUGGGAAGACUAUGAAGAGAAACUGGCUGACCAAGCAGUGAGAACCAUGGAAAACUACGUGGCCCAGUUCAGCGAGAUCAAGGAAAGAAUUGCCAAGCGGGGUCGGAAACUUGUGGACUACGACAGUGCCCGACACCAUCUGGAGGCGUUGCAGAAUGCCAAGAAGAAAGAUGAAGCCAAGACUGCCAAGGCGGAGGAAGAGUUCAACAAAGCCCAGAGUGUGUUUGAAGACCUGAACCAGGAACUACUAGAGGAGCUGCCUGCUCUGUAUCACAGUCGUAUCGGCUGUUAUGUGACCAUCUUCCAGAACAUUUCCAACUUAAGGGAUGUCUUAUACAGGGAGAUGAGCAAGCUGAACCACAGUCUCUACGAGGUGAUGAGCAAACUGGAGAAGCAACAUUCCAACAAAGUCUUUGUGGUGAAGGGAGUAUCAAGCAGCAGCAGACGCUCUGUAGUCAUCUCUUCCCCAGUUCGAACAUCUGAAGUCUCCAGCCCUCCUACCUCACCUACCAGUCCUUCUGCGCUUUCUUUGAAGAAUGAGACGGACUCCAUCUCGGCAACUGAAGAAGAGCUGGCAUCUGACCUGGCCCAGCAAGAAGAUGAUUCUGAGACUAAAGAGCCCUUAAAAGACAAAGAAGUGGAGGAGGAAGAGUCUGAAGCAAGCUCCUCUGAGGAGGAAGAGCCUCUGCCAGCCUGCAAUGGCCCUGCCCAGGCCCAGCCCCCUCCCGCCAUCGAGGGUGGCAAGUCCCAAGAGGAAGCUCUCCCUUGCUCCCUGUCUCCAUCACCAGGCAGGCCCCUUAUCCCUUCAGAACAGCCCGCAUCUCCCCCCGAAGUGGUCCUCCGAACCCGCACCUCAAGUGAAGGGUCUGAACAACCAAAGAAGAGAGCCCCUGUCCAAAGGAUCUCAGCACCUCCUAACAGGCCGCCUCCGCCCAGAGCCACUCCCAGCCCCAGGCACUCCUCGGGGAACAUGCCCCCCAGCCCUCCAACCUCUGAACAGGGCUCGCCCACCAGUCCCAGGGCCUCCUUGGGGACCUCACCUGACCCCCAGCCACCAGAGAAGCCAGUGAGAACUCCUGAGGCCAGAGAAAAGGAAAGCAUCGGCAAUCUGAACCCAGAACUUUGUACUUCUUCUACCGAGAUGUCCUCUGAGGUUUUUGCAGAGACUGACAAGGCAAAGGAGGUAGAAGACAAGGAAGAGAACAAUAAGCCUGGCCUCGCUGACUCCCCCGAGAGCCAAGAUCUCCAGCUUCACGUCUCUGCAGUUCUAGAAGAGAGCAAAGCCAUGGCACCCGCGCCUCAAGAAGAGGCAUCUACAGUACAAAAUGACUAACUCUGAAGAGGGACUGCCAAGACCCCGCCCCCAGCACACACCUCCCUGGAGAAGCUCCUCAACUCGAGGGUAUAUAGGUCAGAGGGACUUAAAAUCUAGUGUUCAUUUGUAGGUUCUCCAACCGUGUGAAUGCUGAUGGUCUCUACAGAUCUAGCAUUAAUGGAGACUGAGGAGCAGACUUAGGGGAGGGAGGGAGGGAGGCAGGCUUGGGAGAACUAUUAGACUCGGGGAAUAUUUAAUUCAGGCUUUAGCAUUGUUAGAAUAAGAAGACUUUAUAUAUUAAUUAAAGGUGGCCGGAAAUGACCAUAAAAAGCAAAAGCAUCUAUAGACACAGACACAUCCACACAGACACAUAACCACACGUACGCAGAGAAGAAUGAACAAAUGUUUGACUCACCACUCAUUUGCAAGACUGAGAGCCAAAAGAACAGAUUUUCAGAUUGUUAAAUAAAGUAUUAUUCAGACUGUG